AUGGAUGUUCCAUACAUCGGAGACAGACUCCUGAUCUUCUCCAGCGUCUUUGCUGGUAUCCAGAUCUUCUUCGUCGCUCUCCGGCUACUAACUCGAGUGCAGUACCCCAAGGCCUGGGGAUGGGACGAUGUUGUCAUUCUGGUUUCGCUCGCUGGGCAAUUGGGGAUUGCGGGGGCGUCUAUUGGAUACGUCAAAUGCGCCAUGAUCGGCUAUCACCAAGCAUACCUCAACGAAAAUUACACGGAGAAAGUAGUCAUCGGACUCAGAUACCUCUUCGCAAUUCAAAUUCUGUACAACUUCUUCUUCAACGUGCCCAAAUUCGCCAUCUUGCUUUUGUAUAAUCGCGUCUUCCCUCCGCCACUCACAAUCAAUAAAUUCGUCCGUGUGAUGAUGGUAUUUCUCGUCUUGCAGACAAUCGCAAACACAUUCGCAGAGUUCCUCAUCUGCGGAUCUCAUUUUGCAAAUUUUGAUCAUUUCGUGAGGAGUACAUGCGCUAGUAGACAGGCAUUUUACGUCUGGGGCACGUUUCCGAACAUUAUUAGUGAUGUGAUUAUUUUGGUGCUGCCAAUGACGAUUAUACUGCGAAUGCAUAUGGAGAAUCGGAUGAAGGUUGGAUUGGCAGUGACAUUUUUGGUGGGAAGUCUAGGCCUCACUACCUCAAUCCUCCGCUUUGCGUGGUUCUACCAAGAUGUUUCCAUGACAGACUACAGCUGGAACGCCAUCAACCUCAUGAUCAUCACCCAAGCCGAGACAGGCACAUACCUCAUCUGCGCCUGCCUGCCCACUUACCGCCGCUUCGUGCUCAGCUGCUCAUUCCGCGGGAAAACACAACAUACAAAUACAUAUACAGGCACUUCACCACUGACAUUCUGUGACCCGGACCUCAGCCGUCGCAGUACACAAAAGCACUACCAACAGCAACAACAACUACCGAAACAACUUCCAACAUUAUUUCCGCAAAAGCCGGAGAGUGUGGCAGGUUUGAACGGGCAUCAUCAUCAUCAAGACCAAAAUGAUACGUACCCUUUAACGUUCGUACCGGGCAAGAACAACACCUCGUCCCACCAUAAGUACCCUUCUUAUGCGAGUUCGUUUUCCAUGUUGAGAUGCUCGUCUAGUAGACUCAACGAGUCGCCUAGUGACACCAUAGAGCAACAUAUCGAUCAUGCGCACAGUCAGGAUUUGGAGUGA